CCAGGAAGAGUAGCUAGUAAACAAGUGUCCACAGCGCUUCGGAGAGCGAACCUCCGAUUCCAUCAGAACUUUGCCGCUAUUAUGUCUAAAAUCGAGAUGCUGAGGCUGCUCAUCACCCAGCGGCUCACGGCGGCAGCCGAGGAGAUCUUCGGGGUGUUCGGGAGAACCAUAGCCGAGUACGAGGAGGAGAUCUCCCGCUCCAAGCUGGAGAUCGAGCGCCAGCGCCGGCUGCUGGAGCUCUCCCUGCAGCCGGAGGUCUCGGUGCAGCACCGCAGCUCAGCUCUCAGUGUGCAGCAGGAGUGGGGCUCCAGCCUCAAUGAGAUGACCCCCUCCCCCAUCAAGGAGGAGGAGGAGGAGGAGGAGCUGUGGCAGGAGGAGAAGCCCCAGACUGUGGAGCAGAACAACGUCACCUUCCUGUUGUUCCAGAGUGGAGAUGUGGGAAACAAGCAGGACAACGAGCACCUGACCUCAGACCCCGACACCCAUUCAGGCACCUUGGUGCAGACCUAUCCCGUGCCGGAGGCGGCCCCUGGAAUUUUAAAUGCAGCUUCAGGUAACGGCCUGCUGGACUGUGUGGACCUGGACUUACCGCAGUCUGAGGUGGUGGACUCGUACAUCUGCACCAUCUGCGGCCGUGCUUUCGCGCAGCGAGGACACUGGGCCAAACACGUGCAGGUGCACCGCAACGCAGAGAACAAAUUGGACAAGUCGUACACGUGUGACAUCUGUGGAAAGAAACUCACACGCUUUGACGGGUAUCAGAAACACUUGAGAAUUCACACGGGUGAGAAGCCAUACUGCUGCAAUGAAUGUGGGCGCAGAUUCAGCGACAACUCCAAUUACAAACGACACAUUCGCACGCACAUGGGACAGAAGAUGCAGCCGAGCUGAGGCCCAGGCGCACGGAGGAUACAUACACAUGACACUUGCAACAACACAGGCAAUACAUGUCCACAGUCAUUUGGAUGAAUAUGAAAACUCUUGUGUUUAUUAAUGCCCUUCCUCCACCGUUUUUAACUAUGCCCCUCUAAAAGCUUUGCUUUAUAAAACCC